GCUCAGCUUCUUCAAAAGUCGACUGCUUUACUACUUUCCUUGUCAAAGCGGAAAAGGCAGAGCAUGGUGAUACUUUCAUCAUGAUAGUGUGGCAAGGCACACGAUCGAGUCGAUGGCACCGCUGGAAAUCUUGCGUAGAUGUUCAAUGACUUUAUCGGACAUUCUACAAACGAUGGAAACUUGGAGCAUUAUCGAAAAUUGGAUCAGGGAUUGUACUGAAAAUCACCGCGACUGCAACCCUGUGUCGUUGAAAGAAGGAAAAACCCAGCAAAAGCUCGCAGUAGAGUCUUUGAGAGAUAUUUCGGAAACACAUCGACGAGCAUUACCUUCCCGGCUUCUGAAACUCGAAGUGAUCGACCAACGGAGAACUUUCCGCUUAGUUACAAAGCAAGAGAUUGUGACGCAAACCAGCUAUGCAACACUCAGUCAUUGCUGGGGAACCAAGCCCUGGGAUAGACAGCUGAUAUUGAAUGAAGCCAAUUUGGCGACCUUGUCGGCUUCACAACCCAUAGCUAUUCUACCAAAGACUUUUCGCGAGGCCUUCAUCGUGCUGGAGAAGCUUCAGCUUGAGUACCUCUGGAUCGACCGCUUCUGCAUAUUUCAAGACUCUGAAGAGGACUGGCUUGUAGAGGCUUCAGAUAUGCAUAACGUCUAUGCAAACUCCUUCAUUUGUAUCUCAGCACUAGGCGCCGAACAUGAUGACGGGGGGCUUUUCUUCUCCCGUGAUCCGCUAGCUGUCAGCAUUCCAGUGGUUAAUAUCCCUAUCGGAGAGUCAGACGAGCCCGUGCCCCACGCUGGCGAGCAGGACACGGCUUUCAUCAGAGACGCAGACUUCAAAUCUGCUGUGCUGUCGAAGCGGGGCUGGGUUCUUCAAGAAAGGAUUCUGGCUCCUCGUGUUCUUCACUUUGGAAAGAGUCAGGUCUUUUGGGAGUGCAAAACUUUCGUCUGCUCCGAAGCUCAGCCAAAGUUUGACAAGUGGAAGAGCGUCCCUGUUUUCCUCGAUCAUCCCAAUUACAAGCGCCGGACUGUGUGGAAGACUAUUAUUGGAUCUGAACCCCCGAGCUUUGAGAACCCGAUUGACUGCAUCUUCAUCGAGUGGUACCGUCUUCUUAAUUAUUACAAUCAAUGUCAUCUCACCAAGAGUAAAGACAAGCUCGUGGCAAUAUCGGCCAUUUCGAAAGACAUGAAGAAGCAUCUCAUCUAUCUAGGCGAGUCGGCGAUCUAUCUCGGCGGUCUCUGGAGAUCAAGGAUGCCGCGUAACUUGCUAUGGCAGGUCUUCAAGCCGGCGAACCGACCGCAGCGAUACCGAGCUCCGUCUUGGUGCUGGGCCUCUGUCGAUAAUGCAUCUUCAUUCUCGUCCCAUGAGUCUUAUUCGAAUUACUCAAAGCCUCAUCGGGUGUUAGUGUCUAUCAUUGAGGCAUCAACAACUCCCCUAACAUCGGACGACACCGGGCAACUACAAGGCGGUAGCUUAAUCCUCAAGUGCCGGUUGUUAAGAGCCAUACUUGCUAGCGGGCCCCAUGGGGGACGUGUCGGUGCUGAGAGGCUUGAGACUAUUGAAGGAACCCAUGUUCAUCGCCAACGGGCGGAUUGGGUUGGGUACCUUCCCGUGAGGUUCGACACAUUUGAGGACGAAUGCUGCGGCCCCGUUUUGUUCGUGCCCAUUCAGGUUGAAGAGCUCGAUGAGACAGGUGGAGCUGACGCAAGUCGUAUUCGCGGAAUCUACUAUGGUCUGAUUCUUAAAAAGUCUAAGGCUAGGUACCGGAGAAUCGGCAAACUACGAUACGAUGUCUAUGAGCCUAAGUUGAUGUCAUGGUUUGACGAACUUGAUGUUCCGUGGGGAGAUAUUACCAUCGAAUAGCACGCGUCAAUCCUAUAGAUAUGAGUUCAUUGAUAUAAAAAUGGGGCCAGCA